UCUAUCUUUGGGGUUUCCGGUCUGAAGAAUGUCAACUAUUCAACAUGGAGACCACCGUCGAAAAGCUAGAGGCGAUGUUCCAGAAGUCUGAGGCGGACCUUGACUACAUCGAGAAACGGCUGAAGCUGGACUUCAUCAACGCCCACCACACCGGAGAUGGGGCCCCAGCCGAGGAAAAUCUAGUUGGGAUGCUGGAUUCCCUGGGUCAGAUCAAGGCCAAACACGCAGCACUGUCCACACAGGUACAGGAGAUCGCCACCGCCCAGAAGGAGUCCAUGGACUCUAUCAGAGGCCAGCUGGAUGGUACUCUGCAGCUCAUUCAGCACUUCCAACAGACAGACAAUUCUAAGAUCUCCCCAUUGACUGGAGAAGCGCAGGAGGCAGCGGAGCUCAUCGCCCAGGGUCCUUCGCAAAGCAUGACAGAUGUUACACCAGUUGUCAAACAAUAGCAGCAACAAAAAACAUCUAGGACAGACAGGUCGGCGGGCGUUAGUUGACCGACCAACACUUUCGACUGCGCCAGCAUCUGUCCCCUUAAAUGCAGGAGGUUGGUGAAAUGGACUUCUAUGUGGGCCUACUCCUAUCUUUAAAGUGAUGCCCUCUUUCCACAAGCAGACACUCAAACACCAGCUCAUCUUUUUUACGUAUGCCUUUGAGAAUGUUUGGGGUCACCCGGAUCAAGAGACGUUAUGUUCCCACAAGGUGAAUGCUAUGAAAAGUGUAGAGAUGUUAGCAGACUUGAGGAGCCCCAACCGGCCGCCUCCAGGGUGUCCGCGCGGUAGUAAAAGGUAGUAAAAAAUAAAAUAAAAAAUUAAGGCCCUUGAGGUAACAAACGCAAUUUGACUUCGUAGUAGUUUUCACCACCUCAAUAUAAAAU